AUGUCUUCUCCCGGAGCUGGCCACGAGUUCCCCGCCCAGGAGGUCUCUUGGCAGAAGCGCGACGUUCUAUUGUUCGCCAACAGCAUCGGUGUCAAGGCCGACGAGCUGCACUUCCUCUACGAGCUGCACCCGAACUUCGCAGUUUUCCCCACCUACCCCCUGAUUCUUCCCUUCAAGCUCACCGAUCAGGAGGUGACCAACUUCUAUGCGCGCCAGAAGGCUGUUCACAUCCCUGGUGUUCCCGACUUGGAUCACCGCUUCGGCGUUGACGGCCAGCGCAAAAUUACCGUCCUGAAGCCGCUGCCCCCGACCAGUGCGGGUCGCAAGUUCGAGCUACGCAACAAGGUCGUUGGUGUCUAUGACAAGGGCAAACCUGGUACGGUCAUCGAGACUGAGCAGUCUAUUGUCGAUAAGGAGAGCGGCGAGGUGUACUCUCAGGUCUUAUCCAGCGGUUUCUUAGUUGGCCAGGGUAACUGGGGUGGUCCCAAGGGACCUUCCACAGUUAACUUCCCGCCUCCCGGGGGCAAGAAACCUGAUGCCAUUCACGUUAUCCAGACAACCAUGGAGACUGCCCAUUUGUACCGCCUGAACGGCGACUACAACCCCCUGCAUGCUACCCCUGAGCCCGGCCAGAAGAUGGGCUUCGGCGGCACGAUCAUUCACGGCCUCUUCAGUUGGAAUUCCGCUGCCCACGGUAUCUUGCGUGAGCUCGGUGGUAGCGACCCCGCAAAUAUGAAGGAGUUCCAGGCUCGCUUUGCUUCUCCAGUGCGCCCAGGGGACAAGCUCACCACUGAGAUUUGGCGGAUGGGCAAUGCUCAGGCCGACGGGUUUGAGGAGGUCCGCUUUACCACUAAAAAUCAAAAUGGCAAGGUUGUUUUAAGCAACGGUCGCGCUUUGUUGAAGGUGGUCGGGAUUAAGAGCAAGCUCUAG